AUAAUUCAAUGCUAAAAAUUACUCGAAUAUUUGGCAGUAAGGGCAAACACUAAACCGAAGCAGAGUUCUUUCGAAAAAUGGAAGAAAAAAAUUCAGGCGAAAACGAGAAAGCGGCUCUUCUACUCCUGGAUCGUGCAUCUCGAGCGACAAGGGGCAAACGUCUCUCGAAGCUUCUCGACGACGAAGUUCAACAAGACGAAUUGUUCUGGGGCCAAGACGCUCUCAAAGAUGAAGAAGAAGACGAUAACUACCAAGAGGAAGCCGAAAUCGCCGACGAAUUCGACUCCGAUUUCGACCAAGACGAGCCUGAACCUGAUGAGGAACAACCUCAGGUUGACGCCGAUGAAAGAAUGAAUAAGAAGAAGCGAUUGAUAGUUCCUGGGAAGACGCCGGCUAAGAAGAAGAAAAAGAAGAAAGUUUUAUCUAAUUUGGAAAAUUCUCCCAAAAAGGAUGAUCAGGAAGAUGAUAAUAACAACAACAAACCUAGUGUUUCUGGGGAACACCAUGAUGAUGCAAAGGAGAUAAUGAUUAGGAAGUCCACCAGAACUUCAGUCAUUGUGCGACAAGCUGAAAGAGAAGCCAUUCGUGCUGCUAUACAAGCAACCAGCAAGCCAGUAAUAAAAAGGAAGAAAGAAGGUGAGGAGAAGAAAAUGUCACAAGAGGAGAUGCUUUUGGAAGCUGCUCAAACAGAAAUUAUGAACCUGCGAAACUUGGAGCGAGUUUUAGCCAGAGAGGAAGAAGUUAAGAGAAGAGCGAUUGUGCAUAAAACUGUCUAUAAUGGUCCACAGAUACGCUACGUUUCACAAAAUGGUUGUAAUUAUCUGGAGUUUGCUAAAGGGGCGUCAUUUCACUCAGAUAUUGCCACAACACCUCAAGAAUAUCCAGAACAACCUGUUUGCGUGAUUACUGGUUUGCCUGCCAAGUACCGUGAUCCAAAGACUGGGCUGCCAUACGCCACAAAAGAAGCUUUUAAAAUAAUUCGACAACGCAUUCUGGAUGAAAGUGCCAACUCUAGAAAGGAGACUAGUAUGGGAGGCUUAUAUGAUUCAGUUUCUGGAUGUGGUUUUCCAACCAAGCGAAAGAGAUCAAUAGUGCAUGAUAAAAAUAUACAUCCACAUGAUCGAUCCUUGGCUCGCUUUAGGAGAAUUCCUUCUUUUGAGGAUGAAGAUUCUGACUGACUGCCUUCGUAUUUUUUCUAAUUCUCUUUUAAGUUAGAAAUCUUUUAUUUAUCAUCCUCGUGCAAUGAUGAUGCAUGAUUUUAAUUUCAGCCGCAAAUCAUGAAAGAAGUCAUGAUGUGUUAUAUCUUGAUUCUUGAUAUGGACCUGAGGCUGGGACUUGAGAUAGUAAUAGAAACCAUGUCUGAGGCCCAUUUUAGUGUUGGUAAAGUAGUCUUAUCUCCUGUGGUAUGUCUUUUUAAAAUUGACCCUGGUCAUUUUUUAACAAGGAGAAUGCAUUAGACUUUAGUUAGUUAAAUUCA